AUAGGCCUGCAGAGUUUUGGCAACUGGAAGAUCAAGCGCCACAAGCUCUAAAAAAGAGGCAUGGAUCGUCUGUUUUCACACUCAAGGAGAUGGAAGAGGCAACAUGUUCAUUCAGUGAUGAUAAUCUUCUUGGAAAAGGUGGAUUUGGAAAGGUAUACAGAGGAACUCUGCAAGGACAGGUUGUAGCAAUAAAAAAGAUGGAGCUGCCAGCUAUUAGAGAAGCUAAAGGAGAGCGCGAAUUUCGGGUGGAAGUGGACAUAUUGAGCAGACUAGACCACCCAACUCUUGUUUCCUUGAUUGGCUACUGUGCUGAUGGAAAGCACGGAUUCUUAGUAUAUGAGUAUAUGCAAAAUGGGAACCUGCAACAUCAUCUGAAUGGUAUUAUUAGUCUGCCAUGUAUGCCUAAUGUAACUGCUAGAGUGUUCGGUACUUUUGGCUAUUUUGAUCCUGAGUAUACAUCGACCGGAAAACUCACUCUACAAAGUGAUGUUUAUUCUUUUGGCGUUGUUCUUCUGGAGAUUUUGAUUGGACGUAGAGUCGUAGAUCUAAACCAAGGUCCAAAUGAUCAAAACCUUUUGCUCCAGGUGAGACACCUACUAAAUGACCAGAAAAAGCUUCGAAAGGUGAUAGAUGCAGAGAUGCGAUCCCACAGCCGAGUUGAACAACCCUCAUUCUCCGCUGCCGGCGUCACGGUUGCGCCACUGUCACUUCGUUUGCUCACGCCGCCGUCGCAUUCUGUUGCUGCCGUGCCGCUGUCACUCCCCGCCAUCGCUCCUCUUGCUCACGCCGCCGUCGCUCCUUCUCUCUGUUGCCGCCCUCGCUCCUCCUACUUUGGUCCUUCUCCAAUCUCUCUCCAUCAAGCUCACAAGAACCAGGAAACUGAUUUUAAAUUUUUGAUAUACUUGCUGCUUUGGUACAAGGAACAAGAAAAUGGGAGUUCAAAAGUGAAUGUAGCAGUGCUAGUUAUCUGUAAUUUAUGGAGUUUGGAUCCUUGGAAGGUCCUCUUCCAUCAAAGCUCUUCAGCAUUCCUCAAAUUCAGCAAGAAACUGAGAAAAGAACCCCAACAUGACAACUUGAAUCGGCUAGAUCCACCGCGUUGCUUGAAGCUUCUGCCAGUUGAAAAACUUGAACACCUUGAUAUUCAUGUGACAGAAGAGUCUAAUGGCCCUGUUAACCAGGUUCUAUAUGUUUCAGAGGGCGAGUCUUCUUUUGUAGGAUGGAAUGCUACCUUUUCUCUUGCAAGAUUUAAUUUGUUCACUGGAAAUCAAACAUUAGAGCAGAGAGAUACAAGUUUUGAGAUUAAGGAAUCUAUGAUGGUACAUUGUGGUUUCUAUAGUUUAAAUGGAGGGUUUAAGAUAUCUGAUGAAGAUAAAACUUAUAUGCAAGCUUGCAAAGUUGUGGUUUCUACUUGUGCAUUUGGUGGUGGAGAUGAUCUCUAUCAACCUAUUGGGAUGUUAGAGGCCUCACUUAAGAAGGUCUGCUACGUAGCAUUCUGGGAUGAAAUCACCUUAAGAGCACAGGAAUUGGCAGACCACCGAAUUGGCAUUCUUUAAUGGUGAUGAUUAUCUUCAAGUGCAACUAGCUUUGUUUCCUCCUUUAUGAAAAUAUUUCAAUAGGACUGAAGUUCAAAGAAUUGGGUUUGAUUUGACCAACCAAACUUACAAGCCUCCUAAGGAGUUUGGACCUUAUUACUUCAUUGCAUUCCCUUAUGCUUUCCCAGAUUCUAACAAAGGAAACUCUCUUAGCACUGGUGCUAUUAUUGGUAUAACAGUAGGCCUAUCAGUUGUGUUUCUGAGCCUCAAAGCUUUAGCAGUAUAUGCAAUCCUGCAAAAGAAGUGCGCGGAGCGAGCCAUAGGAUUAAGCAAAUCUUUUGCAUCUUGGGCACCAAGUGGAAAGGAUAGUGGAGGUGCACCACAAUUAAAGGGUGCAAGAUGGUUCUCAUAUGAUGAACUGAAAAAGAGCACUAGUAAUUUCUCUGAAAGCAAUGAGUUAGGAUUCGGUGGUUAUGGAAAGGUGUACAAAGGGGUGCUUCCUAAUGGAAAAAUCGUCGCGAUCAAGCAAGCUCAGCAAGGAUCAAUGCAAGGAGGCCUAGAAUUCAAAACUGAAAUUGAGUUGCUUUCAAGAGUUCAUCACAAUGUAUUAUUAGUGGAUUGCAAUUUAAACGAAUAUAAAUAUAAGUUUAG